UCUCUGUCUGUCUGGGGUUCCUGUCCCCUCUUUGCUGCCAAGCUGGAUUUUUUGCAGGUGAAGCAUCUAAAGAGGAAAAGGAAAAGUAACUACAGUGUGAGAGAGACGCAGACUCUCAUCAGGGAGAUCCACAAGAAGAGGGAAAUCCUGUUUUCCAGACAGCAGAACACAGCCAUUAAUGAGCUGAAGAGACAGGCAUGGGAGGAAGUGGCUCGAAGUGUCAAUUCACUCGGCGAGGGAGAGCUACGUACUGCUGCUGAAGUGAAACGCCGUUAUCUGGACUGGCGUGCACUGAUGAAGAGGAAACAGAUUCAAGCUGAGCUCGCUCUCUCCUCCUCAUCUUCGUCUUUGGCCCUGAAGGCGGAGUAUGAUCCAUCCUCUCCUGAACAUGAGGCUGCAUCCCUUGUGUCCGGAUGUGACCAGCUGCUUGACCUCUCAGGCUUCCCUAAGGACUGUCACUGUGACUGGCCGGAGCUUGUAGCUCUGGGUGAGCCGAGUGGGCAGGCCAUGAUGGCACCACUGGGCGUGAAGAUGGAAGAGGACGCCACUGGAUACAGACUGGACUGUGAUGGUGACAUGGCAGACGCAGAUAUAGAUGAAGAUGAUAUUCCAUCUCUGCUCAGUGACAUAGAGUCACGUGGCGAGGGCCAUGCAGCUGAAGUCUACUCCAAUAACGACUUGGGCAUGCUCAGUUCCUCCAAGGCACCGACCUCCACCACUCACAGAGACUUGCCUCUCGCCGGUGGCCUGGUGGGCAUGGGGACUCAUUCUCUGAGUGGAUUAACCAGCAAUGACAACAUAGGAGCCGGGUUACUGGUCGCUGUUGAAAAACAACGGUUGGAAGUGGAGAAACAACGGCUGGCUGUGGAAAGUGAACGCCUGGUAAUAGAGAAAGAGAGACUGGUGGUGGAGAAGGAGCGACUUCACCAGACAGAGGUCGAACGGGAGCGACUACAGCUGGAAAGAGAGAGGUUACACGUGGAGAGAGAGAGGCUGAGGCUUCUGCUCAUCGGCCAGUCAGAGCACGUCGACUCCUCCUUUAACCUGCCGCCACAACAAGGCCCGCCAUCAUCGUCUACAUCCACUUUAUCCUCUACUCAUGAUGGACAGAGGGACAGGGAGAAGGACAGUAAAGGAUGGAUCUCAGUGGUGGAUCUGGAGACAGAAAGGAUGAAGCUGGAGAAGGAAAGACUGCAGUUGGAAAAAGAGAGACUGCAGUUCUUUAAAUUUGAGUCUGGCAGACUACAGAUUGAGAGAGAGCGCCUACAGGUGGAGAAGGAAAGAAUGCAGCUGCACAAAGAUCAUCAAGGCCACCGAGAGACAAAAUGAGAUGAGAUACUGAAAACAACCCAGAACACACAGAUUUGCAUCGGUAGUUAAUCUCUUAAGGCAACUAUACCAUCAUUCUUGGUUGGAAUUUGGCCAAGGAUAUAACUGAUAUAUCAAACUGGCAUCUUUAUGGCCACGAUGAUAAGGCCCCGCGUUUUAGUCUUCAUAAAACAUGUGAGAAGACAGAAAUGGCACCAUGAUAAGAUAAUCAAAUCCAGCAUUUGCCUGGCAGGCGCCGGCUGCUUAGCCCUAAACAUAUCUAGUUUAUGAAAGCAGAUGUUCAGUGCACCUUCCAAGUGCUCUGAUUCACAAAAUGUGCAGAAUAAAAUAUAAUCAUUGGAGUACCACUGCAGACUCCCUAACUGGUGUGGAAACAUCUGUUAGAGGUUGUCGACUUAAAAGGGGGCUACAGUGUCCUUUUCUGCAAUCAGGUUGAUGAAAUUACUAUAUGGUACUUAUUUAAGCCUCAAGUAUAUAAAACUCGACUCAGCUGCACUGCUGUCGCGUGU